GUGUACUAUUGAUGCUAUUUCUCCCUUCUGCUAUUGAAAUAGCACAGUUGUAUAGUCGAACGUGUGAACAUCCUUUGCUAUUUGAUGUACUAUUGUGAAUGCUAUUCACCCAAUCAAUCAGCUGCUUAGCAGAAGUGAAAGUAAUACAAAAUAUAAAUAUAAACAUAAAAAUGCUUAGGAGGAGCGAAAAAAGUAAAAUAAUAGCAGCGAUUUGUCAAAAAUAUACACACGACAUCUUCAUUGUGGACGAGAGUGAUGAAGACGAGCAGGAAGAUAUCGAUGAAAGUUUCAGACUGAAUAUGCUGAUAUUGCUAAACAAUCGCCGAGGUGUCCAUUUAGGAAUUCCUAAGUCAAACCAAUGGAAGCUGAAUGUAUUGGAGCAUUUAGAUGAAAACAGAUUUUGCCAAAUGCUGCGAGUAAACCAAAUGGAGUUUGACCACCUUUUAAUCUUAGUAAAAGAUGAUGAUGUGUUUCGGAGUGAUAACAACACAAUACAGCUUCCGAUUGAACUUCAGCUUAAAAUCGUACUUUAUAGGUUGGGAUCUUCGGGUGAAGGACUUUCGAUCCGUAAAGUGGCAUCCUUAUUGGUGUUGGAGAUGGCGGUACCAUUCAAAUCGUAA